CUGAAGCAGCGAAGGAGGAGGAAGGAGUAUCGGGCUGUUGUAGCAGCGACGCACUUGCAUUGGCCUGAGGGAGGGGAGUCCUUCAUGGUAAGGAGGGUCUCGUAUUGCGGGAGCUGCCAGCUUGCUGUGUAACAGGUACAGAGGGAUCAGCCGUAUAUUGGGGCGCUGGAUUUAACUACAGCUGGAUGUGCGCCCGGGGAUAGUGGAGCUGUCAGAAUGAGUGCGGUAUCCCAGCACCAAGCUGUUCAGAGCCCACUGAAUAAGCCCUCGGGAAAUGCCAUCCUCUGCCACAACUGUGGGAAUCCCUGUAAGGGAGAGGUGCUGCGGGUGCAAAGCAAAUAUUUCCAUAUUAAAUGCUUCGUGUGUAAAGUGUGUGGCUGUGACCUUGCCCAGGGGGGCUUCUUUGUCAGACAAGGAGAUUACGUUUGUACUCAGGACUACCAGCGACUGUACGGAACCCGCUGCUUCAGUUGUGAUGAAUUCAUUGAGGGAGAAGUUGUUUCUGCACUAGGAAAAACCUACCACCCCGGCUGUUUUGUAUGUGCGGUGUGUAGGAGCCCUUUCCCCCCUGGUGACCGUGUCACUUUCAACGGCAAGGAGUGCAUCUGCCAAAAAUGUACCAUGUCUCCGACAGUUGGAAGCGGCAACUUCUGCAUCCAGGCGCUUCGAAAUUGCGGCGGUUGCGGCUUGGAAAUAAAGAACGGACAGUCACUGGUAGCUCUGGAAAAACACUGGCAUUUGGGAUGUUUUAAAUGCAAAACCUGUGGCACACCUCUGAAAGCAGAGUAUAUCAGCAAAGAUGGAAUUCCAUAUUGUGAAACGGACUAUCACGCUAAUUUUGGCAUAAAAUGUGACCACUGUGAGAAAUUCAUCACUGGCCGAGUGUUGGAGGCUGGAGAAAAGCACUAUCACCCAACGUGCGCCCGGUGCGUCCGCUGCAGCCAGAUGUUUGCAGAAGGCGAGGAGAUGUACCUGCAAGGAAACUCAAUAUGGCAUCCCAUAUGUAGGCAGGCCGCCAAAACAGAAGAAAGAAAUAAGGAGACAAGAACGUCCUCGGAGAGCAUUAUUUCAGUACCUGCAUCAAGCACAUCCGGAUCACCGAGCAGAGUCAUUUAUGCCAAACUCGGGGAUGAAAUUCUUGACUACAAGGAUUUGGCGGCCCUGCCUAAAAAUAAAGCCAUCUAUAAUAUUGACCGUCCCGAUAUGAUCUCCUACUCUCCAUAUAUCAGUUACUCUGCCGAUGACAGACAUAGUUUUGGGGAGUCACCUCAGUUGUUCUCUCCAACACCUACAGAGGGAGACCAAGAUGAUCGGUCACUUAAACAGUACAGAGCUUCCAGCCCCAGCUCGACCGGAUCUUUGGGGUGUGGUCCUUACACCCCCACCUCUCAUUCUCCGCAGCAUUACAGCAGAACAGCUGGUACCCUGCCUUUUGGUACCAGCAGCUGCAUCUCCUUGUCCCAACACACAAGCCCUACAUCUACAUUCAGGCAUCAUUACAUCCCUUUCUUCAAAGGCAGUGAAAGUGGCCGGAGCACACCCAGUCUAUCCAUGUGUUCAGACAGCAAAUCUUCAUCUUCUUCCUAUCAGCAAGCGCCUAGGCAUUUCCAUAUCCCAGACUCUGGAGUUAAAGAUAACAUCUAUAGGAAACCCCCUAUCUACAAACAGCAUGCAUCAAGAAGAUCUGAGGGAGACCAAAUCAAUUUAGAUCCAGACAGCAGGAAGGUAAAAACUAGUUGGCUGAUUCUUAAAGGGGAGAUUGAUGCUGAUAGUAAUUCCACAGAUACAGAUUCCCAUAGUACAAGAAACUACAGGGAUGUGUCUCAGAGGAUUCCGGGAGAUGCUAAGUACUCAGGAUUGCCUUAUUCCAAGUCUGCAUCACUUCCUGGCUAUGGGAAGAAUGGACUCAACAGAGCUGCCGAUUUUGGGGAAUUUCAUCUUGAUGACGACUCCAGCUGGGGCAUGAGAGAGUACAAGGUCUAUCCCCAUGAAAUGCUCCUCGUCACCAACCAAGUGAGGGUGAAGCUGCCGAAGGACGUGGACAGGGCCAGACUGGAGAGGCACCUAUCAGUGGAGGAAUUCAAGCAUGUCUUCGGGAUGACAAUCGAGGAGUUUGAUCGCCUAGCGCUUUGGAAAAGGAAUGACCUCAAGAAGAAAGCGCUGCUUUUUUAGCCCCUUCUCCUGGACUCCUACUCCCCAUGCUGACUGUCCGCUCAUUAUCCUUCUUGUUAUUCUGGAAAGAGAAUCGGAGAAGACAAGACUGUCCCACAUGUGCAUGGUCAGCUGGUUUCUUUCAGUUCCUUCUGGCUCAAGCCAUAACCUCUCACUGUAUGUUGCUUUAUUUGCAGAACUGGAUCAGCCCACAAACACAAAGCUAUGGAGAAGUGUGUAUCUGCUACAAGGCAAGCUCACGUUCAUAUAUUUAUUGCUAUUCCUUCCUCUACUACUUAAAGGGGCAGUGUGCAAUAUUGAGCCUAUGUGAGUGACUGAUAAAGGCCAAAGAACUGCACUCAAGUCACUUACAUGAUCAGGGUUGUGUAGUUCCUUUUUCUUUUGGUGUGGAAGCUAAAAACAUAUAAUACCAGAGCUCAGGAGGGGUGGCUGUUCUGAGCUCCAUACAUAUUGGGGCCCCAAAGAGCACCAUUUGUAAUGUUCUCUCUGAUUUUAUUUCGGGCUUCAUGAGGUGUAGGGGCAUAUCUGUUGGGGGGUACAGUAGGGCAACAGUUACACUUUAUAGUUUAUAUCAGUGUUGUUCAACCGGUAUCCCUUUUAGGUAUGGGACCUGUUAUCUAGAAUGCUCAGGACCUGGUGUUUUCCGGAUAACAAAUUUCCAUAAUUUGGAUGU